UUAAUUCAAAAAAGCAAGCACACUGCACACACUGGUACAAAACCAAAACCUCUCCCGACACUGCAACUGCAAAAAGCAAAACCCAGCGUCUCCAAUUCGAGUCUUCUCAUAUUUCCAACACCAACCAACCAAAAGAGUGACCAAAACCAAAACCCACACUACACACAAAAUUGGAAGGUAAAACCUGUGAAAUUGUGUCAUGUGACCAUGGUCUGGCUUAUAUAGGGAAAACACCAAACGCCAUUGCACUAUCGCAGUAUUACCUCAUUAAUGCGAUUCGCUUUUCCCCUCCUUAUACGACGCAGUUUUGUCCCACUCUGAUCCACCCUGUCAUCUUGGUCGCUAAUACUACUGCUACACUCGCCGCUUCAAAACCACCACCACCACGACACGAUUCUCGGAGAGAAUACAGAAAAUGCAUGGAGCAAUGAAUGUCGUUUCAGUCUCUGUGUUGUUUCUUUGUUGAUCUAUCUUCAUUCUUCAACCUCUCUCUCUCUCUCUUCACUCUUCAUGCUGCUGCUGCUCCUCCACACUCUCCGCCAAUAGCCAGUUCCAACCACCGCCUCCUCCUCCUUCCUCGCCGCGUUUUCUGUUGUUUCAUGGAACCGCAACCGCUUCAACGCGUCGUCGCCGCCGUUAUCGUAACCGCCUUACUCUUCUCCGUCGUUCUCCUCGCCCUUCUCGCAGAUUCGCGCGGCGGCGCUCUCGCCGGAAUCCUAUCCCGGCGGUUAACGGAACGAAGCAACGAAACGCUCCAUUCUCAGCAUCGGAAACUUCUUCGCAGUGGGACUGAAAUGGUGGAACCGGAGAGAAUAUGGGGUGACAACAAGUGUGGCAAGUCUGAUAUUGUGAUCAACCAGGGCCCCACGGCGCCGCUACCGAGUGGGAUUCCGACGUACACGGUGGAGAUUAUGAACAUGUGUGUCAGUGGAUGUGACAUCUCCUCCAUUCACCUUAGCUGUGGCUGGUUCAGCUCUGCACGGCUCAUCAACCCCAAGGUGUUCAAGCGCCUCCGCUUCAAUGACUGCCUUGUCAAUGAUGGCAGACCCUUGAUCAAUGGUGGCACCAUUUCUUUUCAGUAUGCUAAUACCUUCCUAUAUCCUCUAUCUGUUUCCUCUGUUGCCUGUGAGUCUGAUUGAUUGAUUUGAGUUGACCCUUCCAUUUGAAAUCAGCAGCUAGUUAGCUCAGGCCUUUUGACAUGACACUAGAACCAUAGGGGAAUUCAUGGUUCCUUGGGAAGGUUAUAGGUAUAGGCCAUGGUGGAUUUUGGUUGGAUUUUGACGAGAUUGAUUUUUGAUCUCUCUUGUACAUACACAUAUAUAGGGUAAUAUAGGGUAUUGGAGAUGUCACUUAAAUGUGCCACGUGAUUGGUCUUUGAAAUGUGAUCAUUAGGGGAAUGAAUAUGAAUAUGUGCUUACAAUUUUUUGAUAGAUAAGGAAUUGGGUCA